AUGUCGUCCAAGGUCAAGGCUGGUCAGCUCUGGGGCAAGAGCAAGGAUGAUCUCGCCAAGCAGCUGGAAGAGCUGAAGCUCGAACUGAACCAGCUCCGCGUCCAGAAGAUCGCCAGCGGCGCUUCGACCAAGACCCAGAGAAUCUCCGACGUUCGCAAGUCGAUCGCCCGUGUUCUCACCGUCAUCAACGCCAACCAGCGCGCUCAGCUGCGUCUGUUCUACAAGAACAAGAAGUACCUCCCGCUCGACCUCCGCCCCAAGCUCACCCGUGAGCUGCGCCGCCGUCUCACUAAGCACGAGGCCACCCGUAUCACGGAGAAGGAGCGCAAGCGCCAGAUCCACUUCCCCCAGCGGAAGUACGCCGUUAAGGUAUGA